AUGCGAAGCAGAGAGCACUUGUUCAGCUGUGAAACGGCGGACGGGAUCCCGCCUGAAGUAUUGAAACAUGGCAGACCCGCGUUGUUGACAGCGCUGCACCACUUGGUGCAACGCGUAUGGAUUGAGGAGGAGGUGCCUACUGAGCUGAAGGAUGCCCUUGUGCUACCACUGUACAAGGGCAAAGGGAGCAAGCAAUGCUUCACGAAUUAUCGUGGCAUCAACUUGCUGAGUUGUGUGGGCAAGGUGAUUGCCCGAAUCCCGCUCAACCGCCUCGUCAGUCAGGUUGUGGAACCUAACGUGGCGGAAGAGCAGUGUGGAUUCCGUUCGGGUCGCAGCACUAUAGAUAUGGUGUUUGCGGCUCGUCAGUUGCAGGAGACGUGCAGAGAACGACACCAGCCAUUGUACUCGCUGUUUGUUGAAUUCACCAAGGCAUUUGAUACGGUGAACCGCGAGGCAUUGUGGCUGGUGUUGGGUAAGUUUGGUUAUCCGAGUAAGUCUGAAGUUUAA